AUGGACUCACCUAGCAGGGAAGCUGUAUGCAGUGUUUGGGAAGCGCCAGGGUCGCGUCGUGACAGCAGAAAGUGCCCUGGGCUUUGGCGGACAAUUCCGCGUGUUGGCUACUCUACCGGUCCCCGAGAGUUUCCAGCUGGCCCGAGAAUUGCGCACGCAAACUUCGGGCCUUGCCAGUCCCCAGCUCGUCUUCAGCCACUGGGAGGUGAUCGAGCAGGAUCCAUAUUGGGUGCCGUCCACGGAGGAGGAAUACUUACAUUUCGGGGAGAAAGCGGACACCGGAAACCGCGCGAAGAAGUACAUAGACGCCGUGCGGAGGCGCAAGGGACUUCCGGUGGACUCCCAACUGGUCACUCACGGCGAGAAGCAGCGCACUCUGUCGAAAAAGAAAUGAAGCUCUGGAAGGAAAACACGAAGAUGAGAACAAUGCGAACCGCCUCUUUACCCAGCGAUUUCCUCGAUUAGAACGAUCAAUCGUCAAUGAAAUUAAUUCAAAUAAUAACCCAUUUCCUGUAAUGUUGCGUGCAGUCUUAAGGUGAUAUGAAAGUCUGAUAUAUACGUACCAAAAAGGUGAAAAUAUUUAUAAUACUUUUCUCCAAACU